AUGAAAUUCCUUCCCUCCUUGGUCUUUGCCUCCAUGAUUGCAGCUGUUGCUGCUGGCCCUAUGGGACAGGCUCCGAAGGGCAUUGCUCCGACGGACACCAAGGUCAAAUACGACAUCUACGACGGUCCUCAGAAGCGCAGUGAUGCCAAGGUCAAGUACGAUGUCUACGACGGCCCUCAGAAGCGCGGAGAUGCCAAGGUCAAAUAUGACAUCUACGAUGGCCCUCAGAAGCGCAGUGAUGCCAAGGUCAAAUACGACAUCUACGACGGCCCUCAGAAGCGCAGUGAUGCCAAGGUCAAGUACGAUGUCUACGACGGCCCUCAGAAGCGCRGUGAUGCCAAGGUCAAAUAUGACAUCUACGACGGACCUCAGUAG